CCCUUCCUUAAAACUUUCUUUUUCUUUCUCUUUCUCUGCAGCCAACCAGGAGAUGGAAUUCUCUAACAACAAAGCCAGAGUCUUUUUGACAACACAAUUCCUCUGUUUUCUUCUUCCUCUCUGUUUUUCCUCUUCUUCAAUUCAUGACCUACUUGUUUCCAGAGGGUUACCAGCAGGUCUUCUCCCAAGGGAAGUGAAGUCCUACACGCUGUCAGAAAAUGGGACACUGGAGGUUUUCCUUGAUGCACCAUGCCUGACCAAAUUUGAGAACAGGGUUUUCUUUGACAGUGUGGUUAGGGCUAACCUCACCUAUGGUAGCCUCAUGGGAGUUGUGGGUUUGAUCCAGGAAGAGCUCUUCCUCUGGCUCCCUGUUAAGGACAUCAUUGUUGAUGACCCCAAAUCUGGUCUAAUUCUGUUUGACAUUGGUGUUGCCCACAAACAGCUCUCUUUAUCCCUCUUUGAAGAUCCUCCCAGUUGCAAACCUCAAGGGAUACUGAGGAAUCAUGUGAGGAAGGAGAAGGUUUUGAGGGACUGAGAUAGAAGAUGCCAAGGCAGUUUCAAGUUUGUUUUUUUUCCCUAAUAUGUGUAAUGGUAAAUAGUUUCUAAUUAUAGUUAAAAUAGAAUUAAUUAAGUAAUGCAGGUCUUAUAUAUGUCGCUAGGAGAAGAGCUGGUGUAACCUGUAAAUCCUGGAAUCCAAUAUCCUAAUAUAUAAUUAGAUAAUUC